AUGGAAGAGGGAGGAGACCCGCAGCUUCCGAGCAUCUCCGUGCCACGCACCACGUCUGAAGGCGCGGGGGCCGUCGACUUGGAUCUCCUUGAGCAGCUACUGUCCGGCGACAACGGCUGGCUCGACGUGGUCUCACGCUCGCCCAACUCGGUAGCGUUUUCUCCACCCUCGGCCUUCGUCUCGGCUGACGCGACAGCUACCACAGUGACGACGACGACGGCGGCGCCGGCCGCGAACGCCAGCUGGUGGAUUCAGACGGGUGGCGCGAGCCCCUCCUCCUUGCGGGAGCGGUUCAGCCAGGCCCUGUCCUUCAUCCGGGACACGCAGAGCGACGGCGACGUCCUCGUGCAGCUCUGGGUGCCGGUCAACCGCGAUGACGGGAAGCUGGUGCUGACCACCAGCGGUCAGCCGUUCACGCUCGACCACCGCUCCGACAGCCUCAUCCGCUUCAGGGAGGUGUCCACCAAGUACCAGUUCUCGGCCGACGUUAAUUCAGGGGACACGCCGGGGCUGCCAGGGAGGGUCUUCAUCGGCAGGCUCCCUGAGUGGUCGCCGGACAUCAGGUACUUCACCAGCUACGAGUAUCCCAGGGUAAGGGAUGCACAGUACCUCGAUGUCCACGGCACCAUGGGGCUGCCAGUGUUCGAGAAAGGAAGCUACAAUUGCCUGGGCGUCAUCGAGCUGAUCAUGACAAGGCAGAAGCUCAACUUCACCUCUGAGCUCAACACCAUCUGCAGUGCUCUCCAGGCAGUUAAUCUCAGAAGUACAGAAGUUUCGAGCAUUCCACGCAUAAAGUUCAGCACUGCUUCCUACAAAGAUGCUUUACCAGAGAUACUGGAGGUCCUGAGAGCAGCCUGCCUGACCCACAAGCUGCCAUUAGCUCAGACAUGGGUCACAUGUGCUCAACAAGGGAAAAGAGGCAGCCGACAUUCCGACGAGAACUACAGGUACUGCAUUUCCACCAUUGACGAAGCAUGCUUUGUGAAUGAAGCUGAGAUGCGGGGCUUCCAUGAGGCCUGCUCCGAGCACCACCUGCUGCGUGGGGAGGGGGUGGCAGGGAAGGCCUUCACAACAAACCAGCCAUGCUUCUUGCCGGACAUUGGAUCCUCAACUAAAUUGGAAUACCCCUUGUCUCACCAUGCCAAGAUCUUCAAGUUAAAAGGUGCAGUGGCGAUCCGACUGCGGUGCACACGCACUAGGACAGCAGACUUCGUGCUGGAAUUCUUUCUGCCAACAGAUUGUGAAGCACUGGAGGAGCAGAAGACAGUGCUGGACUCCUUGUCAGGCACCGUGCAAAGUGUUUGCCAGACUAUACGUGUGGUCACUGAUAGAGAGAUGGAAGACGAAGCAGUGCUGGAAAUGAACGAGCUGAACUCAUUUACUCCUCAGGGGAAGGACAAAGUUGAGUUGUUGUCCUUUGGAGGCAAUUCAGCAGAUCGUAGAGGAGAGGCCUCUUGGACAAGUCUGGCAAGAACUUCACAGCAAGAAUCUGAGUUAGCUGCAUUGCGGAUGCAUGGAAUGUUCUCACCUGGGGGGCAGGGUCCAUCUCUAUCUGGUGUUCACGCAACUGCUGAAGGCAGCAAGGCAAAAAGGCGUACAAAGGCCGAGAAGACCGUUAGUUUGCAGGUUCUUCGGCAGUACUUCGCUGGUAGCCUGAAAGAUGCAGCAAGGAGCCUUGGAGUGUGCCCUACGACCCUCAAAAGAAUAUGCAGGCAGCAUGGUAUAACCUGCUGGCCAUCCCGAAAGAUCAAGAAGGUAGACCACUCUCUAAGAAAGCUUCAACAGAUCAUUGAUUCGGUUCAUGGAGCAGAGACAGCUUUCCAGCUAAACACCCUGUACAAGGAUCUCACAAACACCUCAAUCUCAUCUGACAACAAUUUGUCAGGAAGUGUCACGGUUCCUCCAACUAACCAGAGCAAUCUCACCGACUUCAACAAGCACCAACCCCACAAGUCAAGUAGCAAUGUGCCAUCAACUUCACACUCACACUCUUCUUGCAGCCACAGUUCUAAGUCAAGCCCCUCAUGUAGCGGUGGUGCAACAAAACAUGCACAACAGGGUAUAAUUGAUCUGAUGAAGUCAGAAAAUCCUGUGAAAGACAGCUCUAUUCAGACUCUGCAAACAGAAAACCCUUCAUUAUGUGAGCAUUUCUCAGUUCAUGAGGCUCCAAUUGAUCUUCUACAGGAUGUUACUGAAAAGGCUAAUGGUGGACAUCAUUCUUCUCGAAGCCCAUCGUCCCCCAACCCUAAGCAGAACACAGAUGCAAAUAUGAGAGUAAAGGCAACAUUUGGCUCAGAAAAGGUAAGAUUCAGACUGAAUCCAGAGUGCAAUUUUCAAGAACUGAAGCAUGAAAUAGCAAAACGUUUGAGUAUAGUAGACACAAACCACUUGGUUUUAAAGUACUUGGAUGAUGAUUCAGAAUGGGUCUUGAUGACAUGCGAUGCAGAUCUACAGGAGUGCUUUCAUGUAUACAAACUAGCAGAUAUCCAAACAAUCAAAAUUUCAGUUCAUUUAGCUAUUAGUCCAGCUACAAGGGUCACAACUGGUCACACUGGUUUGUCAUGA